UCAGAACUUAUUUGUAGUAAUUACACAAGUCUGAUAACGAAGAUCCAAAACAAGCUGAUUGAUAAUUUGACAUUGAAUUGGUGCAUAAUUAUGGAUUCAGAUACAAAAGUAUGUCAAGGAAAGAAUAUUUUUGAAAGGAUGAACUAUCUCUAUCAGGCAAGUUACCUAAUGGCACUAAAAAACAGAGUAGCAGCAUCGUAUUAUGGUAAUAUAAUGACAGGAUGUGCAAAGAAAUCUGUAUUGAGAAUAGAAUCCGAUAUCAAGAGAACAAUUUGUAAGUGUUGCCAGUCUCCACUUAUACCUGGUGAAACAGCAAAGGUGCGAUUAGUGUCAAAGCCCGUGAAAGGAGUAAAGUCGACAUGUUUAAUUUGUUUAGGUGUGAAAAAGUAUGCAACAAAAAAAGGUUACAAAUUAUGGAUUGAACAGGAUAAGUCAGUAAUCCAGAUUUAUAAUUAUGUACCAACAUCAGAAGUUGUUAAGAUAAAACCGAAAUCUUUGGAUAAAGAUGUGAUGAAUGUUGAUGUAUGA